AUAGUGGUAUCGUCGCUAGAAUGCUGUUUUCAGCCAAAUGGGCCAAUCCAAGGGCUCUAAUUAGGGGUGUGUACCAAAAGAUUAGCGGUAUAGAAAUUCUUGCAAAUGAAUUUGCUGAGACUGGACAUAGUAGGCUAUCAUUUGAAGGUAAGUUUGUAUGGCUUGAACUUUUUAUUCUUGAGAUAAUUGCAUAUUUGUUUCCUCAACUUUCCCAUUGGAACGCAUGGGAAACGCAUGUAUUACUGGGAGAAAUUCUAAUGGCAUCGUCUCCCCCUCUGCUGCCAGCUCUGCUGGCUUUCUUCACUUGUCAUGUGAUUAACGAUAGCACAACAACGUAACAGACAAAACAUUCUAAUUAUCACAGAAUUUGACAGAAAUGUUUAGAAUUAACACAAUGAUCUUGAAUAAAGCAAAAUAUUUUAUUUCACCCUUUUGAUGGAUUCUGAGCGUUUUUCGUAAUUUAUGUUUUACCUUUGUGUUUGAAUGCGGUGUGCUCACAGCUCGUCUUUGAAACUCUCUUUCAUACGUCAUGCGGCUGCUGAGGACAUAAAUUAUUUUUGACUUCAAGUUUCUGAUUUGCCUAGUGACUUUUGUAACGCCGGCUUUCUCUCCUGUGUACUGGGUUGCCACGACACCCAUGGCGUAGGAAUAGCCUGAAUCAACGGAAGAACUAAACCCACACAGAACUGUGUGAGGGAGCUGAAAAGUCUUGGCCUUCCCCCAGACAAAGGACAUAACGUCCUUGCCCAGACCUACAGCUGUGCAGUAUGUCUGACAAAAAGAAGCCACGGCUGUCCAUAGCGGAAAGAGCGGAAGGUCUACGCAAGAGAGCCGAUGAGCAGAAGAAUGUCACCAAUCUCGUCACUACCCUUCAACAGGUCAAUCCAGAUAACACCAGCCCCAAAAAUGCAAUCUCCAUACUCGUUGCCAAGUUCGGAUACCCUGCAUUUGAGCAAGCCCUGGAGCUGGAAAGGAGUGUACCAAUGACAAUGCCAGAUUCCAUGCGUGAAUCCCUGUUGUUGAAGUUCGCUACAGAUUGUGGAUUGCAGAACUUUCAGGACAUUCACUGUGUAGUAAAAAGUUUCCCAGAACUCAUCAAGGUCAACUCUGAUCCAGCCAAUGUCAGAGUAUUGGUUCCUCCCACAGACAUAUGCUUAAGAGGAUGCACUGACCUUUCUGGGAACCCAGGCAAACUGACCAUUCACGACCCUGCAAAAGACGUGACUUAUCACAGUCUAGCUGGCACUUCUACAAAGAAGAAAGUAACAUUGAGAUGUCGAAAGUGCAAUACCAAUUAUGGUUUUGCUAUGUAUGGGGAUUCCGUGACUGGAUAUCGUUUUUACACAGAGGAGCGGUUUGCUGUGGAGGCAUCCAACUGUACUUACAUUGAUAGACGUCUUUACAACUUUCAGUUGUCAUUAAGUUUACAUGCAUGGGUGUCCUUCUCUGCUUUUAGCGAAUCCUACAAGGACGCACUCACAGGUGUUGCAGAAGGUUUGGGUAGAAAGACUGUCUCGGCAGCAUUCUUCUGGGGUGAGGUGGAGAUGGAGUUACGCCGCCUGCACCUCGUGGAUACAUUCGUCUUUAAGACGAAGAGUUUUGAGGAAGCCCUAGACAUCAUAGAGGAACAUCGCCAAAAGUCCAUCUAUCCACAUGCUGAUGCUGACUGCACACCAGAUUGCAAAAAGAGAGGUUGUGGACGUCUAUAUGUUGCAGAUGGAAUAUGGAAACUAGUUUUCACUCACUGCAUGAUGCGAACAGAGAAUGUUGUCGCUGGCAUACCGUUGUUGGGAUAUCCCGAUGUUUGUACCAAUGAACUGCGACCAGGCCAUGCCUUCUGCGAGGAACACUGCCACGUUAUGGAGAGUCUUCAAAUAAAGACAAAACUGAGGGAGUUCUUAGCCUCAUGUGGCCUGUCAGAAAAAGAAGCUACCCAGGCAGAGAGUGGACAGUUGUGUGAAGAGUCGCUCAGAAAAGUCAAGGACAAAAUCUCAGCUCUUGCCAAGAGCCAUGGGGAUUUAGGGAAAGCAGGUUCUCCUCCCAUCAAAAGUCAAGUGGGUACAGAUUUCGUCAAAGACCACCCACAGGCGGUUUCUGAAGCGAGCAGCAGCGAGGUACAAGGUACCGAAGCUUGCAACAAAGAUACUGGGCAACAUAAGUCUCUUAACAUGUUGUCUAGAGGCCAUCUUGUCAUCGUUGGAGGAGGAGGGAUCAUAUCCAAGUUUGAUCCGAUUUACAGGUGUGUCUUUAAGAUGUCCUUAUUUGCCAAAUUUCGAAUGUGGUAGGGAAUUUCCUGAGCAGCCUUUUUUAAACCUGCUUCUCUUGUUAGUCAUCUAACUUGUCAUGUUUCUGGGAGAAGAGUGCUGCUUCAGUGGAUGGUUAAGUUGCUAGUACCCACAAGUGGUACAUUGCCUCACACUGAACAAACUGUUAAAAAGAAUCUAUCUUUUUUUUAUUUAAUCACAGCGAGCAGGAUUGAAGGUUUUGCAAAUUAUUUCCUUUCAAAAUUAACAGAAUUCUGACAUGAUGUAUGCGGUCAUUCAAAACAAAUUUUCUACAGGAAUAUUUCCACUUGGGCACAAAGUAGCACAACAUUGACGAAUUUGCCAAACACAUGUCCAAGCCAAUGUAAGGCCACACAGACUUGAUUUUAUGGAUAUAUCAUUCACUGUCCUUGGAACCAUACAUCUUCUAAUAUUGUACUUCUUUGUCAAUAUAUUGAAUAUCUAUUACUUCAGUUGAGUCUGUUAAGAUGAACAAUACAACCUACAUGUGCCUCCUGAACAUAAAGACUUGUUGUUUCUUUUGAUACACCGCAUUCUGUGGUUUAUUUAUUUGUUCGUUUGGCUGAAAUACCAGUCAGUCAAUGCUGCCCAACUGUUACAGAGGGCUGUCCUUGAUGUUCUGUGGUUCAAUUUAUGAUGUCAGCAUUGUGGUCUUGGGUUUAGUCGCUUUCUUUUCAUUUGCUGGAUUUUUUUUUUUUGCCCUCUUGCAUUAUGUUUGGGGUCUUCAGAGGAUGUCAUCAAUAAAAUUAAGUCAGUGUUGCCUAAUAUAUGUUAGAUUACUUA